AGUAGCGGAAGUGAAGAACAUCAUGGUCGACAUGACACUCACCCCAACAGUAGCGGAAGUCAUGACCAUAUUAACAGCAUGGAACGUCGUCACCAACAUCACCCAGACCACGACACCUACGUCUAUGGUCGUUGUGAUAUGGCUAUGAACCCAACACUGGUCGACUCACCGCACAACAUCACUGGGGUGAUCCUUUUCAGACAGAAGGUACACAAGCCUCUGGAAGUGCUCAUCGAUCUUGAAGGAUUCAGCAUGGCAUCUAUGAGUAACCAUGACAUACAGGAACAUGGUUUCCACGUGCAUCAGUUUGGUGACCUUACUGAUGGAUGUCAAUCAUUCGGAGGUCACUUUGACCCUGAUGACGUCACUCACGGCAGUCCACACUCAGACCAAAGACAUAGACAUGCCGGUGACUGGGGAAACAUUGUUUGUGACAACGAGGGUAAAGUACACAGAAACCUGACGGACCACAACAGCAACCUUGUCGGAUUCCACUCCAUCAUCGGCAGAGGCAUUGUGAUCCACGCACACAAGGAUGACCUUGGCCUCGGCGGUGUCCCCGCUAGUCUGAAGACCGGAAACGCGGGACCAAGACUCGCUUGUUGUCCCAUAGUGUCGUCCAAAGGCGUCGAUUGGGAGGGAGCCCAAGGCUGAACUCAUUCCACAAAUUCUCUUUGCUGGACAAGUAUUGUCUUCGGAAAACGUCAAAUAAAUAAAGUACUGCAUGUGAAAUUGUAACUGUUAAAUCCGAAAUAUCAGCAAAAUAUGUAUUAUAUUGCUAUACAUAAGUAGGACAAGAAAAGUUCAGGAAAGUGACGUUGGGUAUUAUUGAAAGUAUGAAUACACAAAGCCGCUUAGAGAGAUCUAACCCACUCCGACACCGCGGUGUGUGUUCGAAUCCCGAAUGACACUCAAACUCCGAAAGUAACAGGAUCUCUACUUUACGGAGAAAGUGUUAUCCAAGCCAUAACAUAUAACAUAUGUAAAGCAUGUAUUGUAGUGUUGUAUUAUGUCAUCAAUGUUAAAGUGAUGUGUGGGAUAGUGUUGACACUUUUCAUGUUGACAGAGGUAUCGAGGCCGAGGCAACAUUUUGUCCAUGAUGUCACAGUUAUAUAUCCAGUUUUGUAUGCAUAGUGUGUUGUUCUGGUAUAGAAAUCGUAUGGAUUUAAGACAAAUAAAAAUUGGUGGAUA